AUGGGCUCCUCUCGCUCGUCAUUCAACGACUUCUGCUCCUGCGACUCCAGUGCCUCCACCAAAAUACUUACCCAUCCCAGUGAGGCAUAUCAUGAAGCUGAGUUGGAAAGAGCUGGGUUCGAUCCACUCGAGGGUUCCUCCUUGCGCUAUCCAGCUAAUGAGUAUCUUCGCCAGUACGAGAUGGAUAUUGUCAAAUCGUGCGUCGCUGUGAAUUCUACGGUUUCACUGCCAUUGGCUGUGUGGUUCCCAAGGAGUCGUGCUAUAUAUUGCUGUAAUUCCUUGGAAGCUGCUGAGGUUUUUCGAGAACGCGGUGCUGCGGUUGGCAUCGCGACGGAAGAAAUAUCUACGAUAGAUACAUUCCAAUCCUUCAAAAAAUUACCAACGCACAAGGUUGGGCGAGUAAUCGUAACGACUCCACAGACUCUUGAGAAGAUUGUCGAGUCCGAUUCCACAGUAGUAGAGGACAUUCGGUGCGUUGUCUUUUGUCUGGAGGCGUCCGAGAACCUCCGGUUUACUAAAUACAAGAAUAUCGUUGGUGUCUUGACUGUGAAAGGGAUUCUUUUUCGUGUACUCCUGGUGACGCCAUCAGUUCCGUCAACAUCCAGAAAAAUUGGUCCUCUAAGAAAGAGACAACAGCUUAUAACAUCGUUGCUAAUAUCACAGUGGAUCGAACCUCCUGCAACGGAUCCUUCCUUUAGAAAUCACUCAGUACCGCUUGGUCUAUCACUUGAAUAUUGCGAAAAUGUUGAGGUUCUGUCUGAAACUCGAUCGUUCAUCGAGAAAUGGAUAGAGGUAGUUAGUGAAAUCCUUGCUCCAAAAUUGUCCCUAGAACUUUGCUUCAAAAUUUUGAAAGAGUUUAUUUCUACCUAUUUAUUGUUUGAACUGAUAAAAUCAGUUUUUUGCAUAAAAACUGGUAUUUUCAAGAAGCUAAGUUGAGU